GGGCGCUGGAGGAGCUGUCCACCAGCACGGUGCUGAAGUGUAUCCGAAACAACGCAGCACGGUAUAUCAAGUACUUGUGUCUCACAAAUUUAAAGGAUGCAUUGGUCAAUGAACACACUACCUUUGCCUCCAUAUGUUGAGCUGGGUGUCCAUUCGCUGAGUGGCCUUCUGUGGACUCUACUAUUACUUUUUCUGUGGCACUGUUAUCGGAUGGGCUCUGACCUGCCAAUCCCAGGCCACGCACAUGCUGUAAAGCUCAAGUCAGGCUCAAGACGGUCCAUUAUAUCCCGUGGCGGUAGCUGUGCUGGAACAAAGUGUAGUGCCCGAUCCAAGCUGUCGAGGAGUGAUCAAAUUACUCCCUUUAUUUCCAUGGAAACAGAGGAGGAUGAGGAGCAGGGACAGGGCUACCUCACCCCAGUGCUGAGUCAUGCCUUGUUCCCAGCCCAGGCAUCUGCAGAAGCCAAGAAACUGUACGCAGCACUGCAAGAGUAUGCCAAGCGUUACAGUUGGGUGGGCAUGGGACGCAUUCAUAAGGGUCUCCGUGAGCAGGUCAGACUGAAUGAUCACUCUGCUAUACAGAAGCCUCAUCUUUUCUUCCUGCCAGAUGUCCCUAGUGUUCCUUUCUUUCCCCGUGAUGCUCAUCGACAUGACAUUGAGGUGUUGGAAGCCAACUACUCUAUAAUCUUGACGGAAUUUAAGGCAGUUUACCAGCGGGGCAUCGACCCAAAAUUAGGCUGGACCUGUAUGGGACCAAAGGGCCAGGCAGUGUUUCCUUUGUACAGCGCAGGUGUCUGUGUGGCAGGAAACUGUCGCUCCUGUCCCUGCACCUACCGGACACUUCUCUCUCUCCGUACAUUUAUAAGCAGCAACUCAUUGGGAUCUGCUGGAUUUUGGUUAUUGGGACCUGGAGCUACAUUAGGGAGCUCAUAUGGACCCACCAAUACACGCUUACGUUGUCAUCUUGGUCUGCAGACUCCACCCUCAUGUGAGCUGGUGGUGGGAGGGGAGCCUCAGUGCUGGUCAGAGGGACACUGCCUCCUGGUUGAUGACUCGUUCCUUCACACUGUCUCCCACAAGGGGCCUCCAGAUGCUGGACCUCGAGUCAUUUUGAGUGUCGACCUCUGGCAUCCAAAUGUGGCUGCAGCAGAGAGGCAAGCAUUGGAUUUCAUGUUCAGCCCUGACCUUUGAAUUUGCUCCUGCACUACCAAUAAACAACAUGCAGGGAUGCCUUACCUUAGCCCUGCUUGUUGGGGGUCAUGCAUCUCAUUCCAGUCGAUGAAUCACUGUGUGAAUCUGCCCUAAGAAUUACACAAGCCAUUAGCCACACUUUCAAGUGGUGUUUGAUUUAUGGUCUGCACUAGGAAGUGACGCAUGAACACAUUACUAUGGAUGAUGUUAGAUAACAGCUACAUACUAGAUAAUUUGACUGCAAAUUGACAUCACUUGAAAGCACAAUGAGAGCUAACCCAAGAAGAGCACAUCAGGUGUUAACAUUGUAAAUCUUAUCUGGACAUCAUAUAUUAUGCUUGUGAAUGCUACUUGCAUGUGAAACCUAUCUGUCCUGAUUACUGGACUUUUGUUUUGAGAUGCCGAUGCAUGUACACAUAUUCCUCCAGGAUGGAAAGGCCAUUAAAGUCAGCCUGCGAUGCUUUAUUUUGAAAUUUAGAUAGAUUACCUAUGGGUCAACCAAAAAACUGUGAAGACAUGAAAAUCCUAUAAAUUUAGAUUUCUAUUUAUUUUUGUUUUCUGAAAUGAUUGCCAAACUGAUCAAAACUUUUGCAUACUGUGGGUAUCUUUUCUCUUCGUAUUACUAUCCUC